AUGGAGCGACCUGCCGAAGAAGAGCCACCUGUUAAGAAGCUUCGGACACUUCCACCCAUUGGAGAAGUGGCUCUGGAAGACCAACAUGUUUUCAUUUCCUUACAAGGAUGUGCUGACAACAUUGGCAAGUUGUUUGAUGGCGGGCAUAGUGUUGUAUUCAUCCGCGGUGGCGUGGCCAUCGGCAAGACCACAUUGGCAGAGCAUUUGGGCCGCUCUGAGACGUAUGUGAAUGUGCCCUUCACUGAACAUGGUCAUGACGAUGCUUGGAGGGUGAGAACAGUGCAAGCCGUGGAAAAAGCAACAGGCAAAAAAGUUGACGGAGAUGGUUCAGCUUUCGGGAAUGCGCUGAAGCAAGCCAAGGACAACAACUUGACCCUGAUUUAUGAUGAAGCUCACACACUGUUCCUCUCUCAAAACCUAUGCUCAGCCCUAUUCAAAGCAAGCAUUCACUAUCGACCACGGGUCUUGCUGUUAUCAGCGUCAGGUGAUGCUUCAAGCACAUCAAGCCUCGCCAUGACAACGCCAAAUGAAAUCACCCAAAAAUUCAUGUGGACACCACCUCUACCCUGCAGUCUAGACCUGAAAAGACAGCUGGAGGAAAGUGGCGUCAAGCUGGACGAAGAGAGCAUCGACUUCUUCGCCAGCUUCUGUGGUGGGCAUCGAGGCAUUUUCAUGGCUGCGAUGCACUGGGUGAAGAGCAAGCAGACGAGUGGUGAAAGCUGGAAUGUCAAUAAGACGGUGGGGGUUGUGCGGAAUAGCUAUAGCCAUGGACAGUGGGAUUGUAGCGACACCGAGAUUCUGGGCGCUCUGAAAGAGAGCCGUGCCGUGAAAGUCAAUGGACGAUACAGCUCUGUUGAACAUACGCCAAAAGAGUUUGUAGAGCUCUUGUGUGCAGGGGCACGGCCCAUCGGACAAGACAUUCGGAGAGAGCUCACCAUCAACGGCUUCGUGCUUCCAAAAUAUGACAGCGCAGAAGAGCUUCAGAAGCUGAAUUGGACCAAUGACGACCUGCAUUACAAGGUGGCGAACCCUUUGCUGGCCGCGUACUACCGCUUCCAACUGAAGAAGACCUGUGGCUUACAGCUUCAGUUCUUGCCCAGCAGACCCGAAAACUGUGCAGACUUACUGAUGCGAGCGUUGCCCUACCUGUUCUUCUCCAAGGUCGUGAGCUUCGAAGGAGAUGUAUCUCAGUUGGCGAAGGGCGGUCUCCCACACGAGCAACAGUAUAACCAAGCCAUCCUCAGUGUGUUGACGGAAAUCGGCUACAAGCCCUUUGCUCCACAAUCGUCGACGGAGGGUGACGGGAAGCCAGACCUUAUGGUCAAAAUUUGUGAGGAGACGUUUGUCAUGGAGGGCGCGAAGAAACAGAUCAAAGAGCACCUUGGCCGCUUCAAUAAGUAUGAAAAUUACAAGAAUGCCAAGCACAAGGGUGUCUACAUGAUCGGCAAGGACAAUGACAAGGUGCUUCAGACCGUGAUGACAUCUUGUGGAGGCGAUGUCCAAGUCAUAGGCUUGGUCCCCAACAUCGCCCACACCGCCUACACCGUUCACGUGAAGAGCAAGGGCAUCACAAGCAUCAACACCUUCAGGGUGGACUGCGACCUCGUGGCAAGGAGGCUGGUGCUUAAGGCCCAUCUGCCGGAUCAGGCACAAGAGUUGCAAGGCGCGACCUCAACGUCCGUCUGGGUGCGGGAACUGAUCCGCGAGGAUGGGAAGAUCACAGAAAAGCUGAGGCCCAAGGACCCUGAGGGCAAGGACGAGCUCGAGCCGGCGUUUCAGGUGGAGUCUCCUCAGGACCAUCCGACACUCAAAAAUGUGGACCACUUGAAGACAGCCAUCAAGCAGAAGAACCCCGAUCUCAAGGACAUUGCUCCAAGGCAUAUCGACAUCUACUUACAAGAAGCUGGCGGAGCGUGGCAGCGCAUCGAACGCACAUCGGAAGCCCUGCGUCAGGACACCAGCGAGCGAGACUGCUACGGCUUUUUGCCGCGAUCGGCAACUUGA